CAACAGCUACGGUUUGCUGUUCUUCAACACCCACCUUUUCUUUCUUUCUUUCUUCUUCUUCUUCUUCUUCUUCUUCUUCUUCUUAUUACUUGGAUUUCAAUCUUGAGAGGCCGAGACUUUUCAUAUUUUCCCAGUUGAACUGAGACAUUUGCUUUUCGUUGAGUGAAGAUGGUGAAGAGGAUAAGAAGCUGAAAGGUGGUAACUUUCUUUAACAAUCUGCUAAGCUAACAUGGGCUUUGUUUAAUGAGUCUGGAUUUUGGUCUAUCAUUGAUGCUUUAGAAGAAGUUUCUUUGGGUAAGUAGUGGAUUAUUAGGAGAAGAAGGAGAUUCCUUUUCUUUGUCAGUUUUAAGUUAUGAUCAAACAGCUACUUAACAAGCUCCCAAAGAAGCCCUCUAAGUCGGCUGAAAAUCGUGAAGGAGGAGGAACCUCAACCUCUUCUUCAAAUGCCAACAACAAUUCAAGAAGUGGUGAUUUAGCGAGCAACAGACAUGGGAACCCGGGUGGGCCAUCUCUAUCGGGUCUUAAUUCCACUUCAAGUUUAGGAGUUAAUUAUGGGAAUAAGCUUAACCAGGCUGUGAACUCAAAGCUUAAUGGGAACACACUGGCUUCUUCGUAUGAGGCAUUGCCUAGUUUUAGAGAUGUCCCGAAUUCGGAGAAGCAGAACUUAUUUAUCAAAAAGCUGAACUUAUGUUGCGUCUUGUUCGACUUCACCGAUCCGGUAAAGAACCUCAAAGAGAAGGACAUCAAGCGGCAGACCCUGGUUGAGCUCGUGGACUACAUUGCCUCUGCAAAUGGGAAAUUCCCGGAAGCUGUCUUGCAAGAAAUAGUGAAAAUGGUGUCUGCAAAUUUGUUCAGAACACUUACUUCUCCGCCCCGUGAAAACAAAGCUCUAGAAACCUUUGACGUCGAAGAUGAGGAGCCUUCAAUGGACCCUGCUUGGCCACACUUGCAAGUUGUGUAUGAAUUCUUUCUGAGAUUUGUGGCCUCCCCCGAGACAGAUGCGAAGUUGGCUAAGAGGUACAUUGACCACUCUUUUGUUCUCAAGUUGUUAGAUCUUUUCGAUUCAGAGGACCCCAGAGAGAGGGAUUACUUGAAAACUGUUCUUCACCGCAUCUAUGGAAAAUUUAUGGUGCACAGACCAUUUAUCAGAAAAGCAAUCAACUAUAUCUUUUAUCGUUUUAUUUUUGAGACUGAGAAGCACAAUGGGAUUGCUGAGCUAUUAGAGAUUUUGGGAAGUAUCAUCAAUGGAUUUGCUCUGCCAUUGAAAGAAGAACAUAAGCUCUUUCUUGUUCGGGCUCUUAUACCUCUUCAUAAGCCAAAAUGCAUACCAAUGUACCACCAGCAGUUAUCUUACUGCAUCACACAAUUUGUGGAGAAAGACUGCAAACUUGCUGAUACAAUCAUUCGGGGUCUACUAAAAUAUUGGCCCAUUACGAAUAGUUCGAAGGAGGUCAUGUUCUUAGGUGAGCUGGAGGAAGUUCUAGAAGCAACUCAGCCUGCAGAAUUUCAGCGCUGUAUGGUACCUUUGUUUCGCCAGAUUGCUCGUUGCUUGAGCAGUUCUCAUUUUCAGGUGGCAGAGAGAGCUUUGUUCUUGUGGAACAAUGAUCACAUUGAGAACCUGAUAAAACAGAACCGCAAAGUUAUUCUGCCAAUUAUUUUCCCUGCAUUGGAGAGAAAUACCAGAAGUCACUGGAACCAGGCUGUACAUAGCCUGACAUUGAACGUCCGCAAGAUAUUCUCUGAUGUAGAUCCCGAGCUUUUCGAGGAGUGCUUGCUCAAGUUUCAGGAAGAUGAAGCACAAGAGAAGGAGAUUAACGCGAAACGUGAAAUGACGUGGAAACGCUUGGAAGAGAUUGCUGCAAAGAAAGCUGCUAGUAACGAACCAGUGCUCGUCUCCUCCAAAAUAAUCGCACGUGCACCUUCUGGGUAGGAUGCUGGAGAUUCCCAUCUGACAGCAAAUUCAUGUGCUGCAAUUGGUGAUCAAGUCAUGGAUUGAAGGAUAUGCCACUGUUUGGGCACACGCAGCCCCAUCUUGAUCAUGUACUGGAUUGUAUAUAUUUGAUUCUUUCGAAUAGAACGAAGGGGUAUUUGAGCAGGCUGUCCGAUUCGAAGAUCUGGUUAGUAUAGUUGGCUCCUUUUACCAUUCAUGUUUCUAGAGGUAACCAAAAAGAGAAAAAAAAAAAAAAAAAAGAUCCGACUUUUGACAUGAUGGUGCUUACACUUAUGAAUUUGGUUUGACGGAGGUAUGGUCAGUCUUUAAUUACUUGUAUGUAUCAUGAAACUUUGUUUCUUUUGUGAAUCGUCUCUAUAAGGAUUUCCAGUGGAGGAACGUUAGAAUGUGGCAUAAAUUGCUUUUUUGGUUCACCACACUAUGGAUUAGUAAGUUCUGCAAAUCAGUUGCCAUAAUUUGUUUCAAAUCUUUACUUUUUUUAUUUUUAUUUUUUUGUUUCUUACCACAAAAUUCUCCAUAGUGAAAAAAAAAAAAAAGUUUCAUUCAGCUCAAUUAUGCCCAGGUCAACUUAGCCCACAUGUGGGGGUUCACUCCAUUUUUCUGAGCUGUGUCUGACAUUGGUGAGCUGGUCACUCGGUCAGUGAUGUUUGUGAACAAUAUACCAAGCAUUUCAUUUGUGAUGUUAGAGAUAGUUUUGGCAGUGGUGUUCUUGAGCAAUAUCAAAGCAUUUCAUUUAUGAUGUUAGAGAUGGUUUUCUUAAAUAAAAUGUCUGCAUAGGUCCUGACAUCAUGGAAUUGCUUCCCAUAAUAUUUCAUAAAACACGUGAUGACUGAAAAUUGUCUUCGAAUAACAAUGUUGUAGUCUCUGAUUA